AGAGAAUAUAUGACGAAACAGCUGUUCAUUUGAAAAAUGGACAAUGAAAUUGAUUAUCUAAAAUAUUAUCAUCCUGCGUAUUCAUCUUUCAACAUUGAUCAGGGCCAGAAUAAUGAACUUAGUACGACUGCUCCGGCGGAAAUUAUCAGCACCAAUAUUCCUAUUACUUUUAGUCGGAUUUCUCUGGUAUUCAAUAUUUAUGGUUGAAGAUAUGACAGGACCAAAUGACGCUGAUACAGAAAGUAUGGAUGUCUAUGAUGUCAAAUUGAGACAAGUCAUCAAUGAAAAUAUACCGCCACGUGACCAUGUAAAACCUUUAGAACCACCAGACGACCAUGAUAAAAAUCCGGAAUCUCCUAAUUUUCCAAUACACGACAAAAUAAAGGAACCAGCUGUUGAUCAACAAAUUGAUAUUAUUCAGGAACAAAAUGUGAAUUUAGAUGAAAAAAAACAUGAAGGAAAUAAAAAAGAUGAAAAAUUACAAAUAAAACCCCCAUUGAAGGACCUUCCAAAAUUUGACGUACUUGUGAAGGAAGGAUUAGGAGAAAAUGGACAACCAGUCAAUAUUAGUAAAGAUUCGUUAUCUGAAGAACAAAAGAGGGAUUAUAAAACUGGAUGGAAAAACAAUGCAUUCAACGAAUAUCUCAGUAACCGUAUAUCAUUAGACAGAACUUUACAAGACCCUAGAGAUGAAAAGUGCAAACUUAUCAAAUAUCCUGAGAACUUACCCGAUGUUAGUGUUAUUGUUACAUUUCAUAACGAGGCUUGGUCUGUGCUACUACGAUCCGUCCACAGUAUUAUCAAUAAAACUCCAAAGCAUCUGCUCAGAGAAGUAAUACUGGCAGACGACUGCUCUGACAUGCCUCACUUAGCGGAACCAUUAGAAAAAUAUCUAGAGGACUUUCCAAAAGUAAAAGUUGUAAGAGCAUUAAAUAGAGAAGGUCUGAUCAGAGCGAGGUUGCGUGGAUAUAGAGCAGCAACAGGCACUGUGUUGGUUUUUCUAGAUUCUCACAUUGAAUGUGCUGAAGGCUGGAUGGAACCAAUGUUAGAUAGAAUAGCCAAAAACUGGACCACUGUUGUUACACCUGUGAUAGAUGUUAUAAACGAUGACACUUUUGGCUUCCAGUUCCAAGAUUCAAAAUCUACUAAUGUCGGGGGAUUUGAUUGGAAUAUGGUUUUUACGUGGCAUGGUAUACCCGAAGAAGAACGGAAACGAAGAAAUUACGAAGACCAUACACCAGUUAGAUCACCAACUAUGGCUGGCGGAUUAUUUGCCAUCAGUCAUGCUUACUUUACAUACAUUGGAACAUAUGAUGACGGAAUGGAUAUAUGGGGAGGUGAAAAUCUAGAAAUAUCAUUUAGAAUAUGGAUGUGUGGUGGUACUUUAGAAACAACACCAUGUUCUCAUGUCGGACAUAUAUUCAGGAAACGUUCCCCUUACAAAUGGAGAUCAAAUGUUAAUGUGCUGUUGAAAAAUAAUGUUCGUUUAUGUGAAGUGUGGCUUGAUGAUUAUAAAGAAUACUAUUAUGACCGAAUAGGUCAUAAUCUGGGAGAUUACGGUAAUAUAACUUCAAGAAUUGAAUUACGGAAGAAAUUGAAAUGCCAGAGUUUUGAGUGGUUCCUCAAAAAUGUUUAUCCUGAAAUGUGGGUACCAGGUGAAUCAUUGGCAUAUGGACAGAUAAAAGCAAAGACUCGACCUUACUGCCUAGCAGGCAAUUGUGAUUAUGGACAAACAGGGAAGCCUCUUUCAAUGGCAAACUGUUCAGUAACACAAGAUCUAUGGUAUAUGACUACAGCCAAAGAAAUACGACGUGACUAUGGGUGUUUUGAUUACAGUGGUAACCCUGUCAUACAAGUUCAAUCGUGUCACCAGAUGGGGGGUAACCAGGCAUGGGAGUUUAGAGAGGAUAAUACACUAUACCAUGUGCUGACAAAAAAGUGCCUUGAAAUAUCACAAGAUGGAAUGAAAUUGUUUAUGAACACUUGUCUAGGAACAGAUUAUCAAAUUUGGCUUUGGAACAGAACGAGACCAAAAGGAGCAACCAGGAACUGGAAUUCAAGAGAUUAAUUCCAUUGAUCAACAUAUUAGAUAUUCAAAUAACGUGCUGCAUACAUAUAAAACAGAUUAUGUAAUUGUGACGCAAUAUCCUACUUAAAUUCCUACUUAACUUUGUUUAUCUGUCCAUGUAUAGGAAACUCCUGACAUUAUCAACAAGAUAACUCAUUUUAAAACGAUAAAAUUGAGCGUUUGUUCUGGCUUUUUUUAUUAAUUAAUUUGUAUAUUAAUUGAUGAUUUUUUACACUAUUUUUUUGUGCCCUUUUUACAAAAGGGAACACCAUCUCUUUGUAAUUUUACAUUCUUUGAUAUAAGUGAUGACAGUAAAAACAAAUUUCCCGAAUAUGUCUCAAAAUGAACAUUGCGAAAAUCAUUAAUUCGAAUUCAUAGUCCUAGAAAACAUCUCAAAACACUUAACAAAAAUCAAAUGGACAAGUUGAUUCGAGUUCAUGGUUUUAUACUUGUCUUCUACUAAAUGUAUACCUGUGAGAGAGUCUUUAUGUGUGUGAAAGUAACAUGGUUCAUGUUUAUUUGUGUGCGUCUUUCCUUUUUGUUGUUACACAUUAAGAGAAAGAAAAUCAUUACAUGUAUUUCAUUUAAUCAUUUCAUCUAUUAAAUAAUUUUAAAAUCGA